GAAGAUGGCUACAGACGAUCUUUUUUUAAUAUGUUUUUUCACAGUUGCGUUUCACAUGUAAAGCAGUGAGCAGGGUGUGAUAGCAACUCCUGCCCGUGCAACAAAGUUUUUGACACCUGCCCACAGCGUUUCCGUUGUGGCAGUUGGAAGGCAGACAGCAAAAAGGGUUAGGGGGGCUUUGAAAGCCAAACUUCUCAGCUUUUGCUUCAGUGCCAUCAUGAUCUGCUGCAUCAUAUUCAUCUUUCUACAAGUCUCCCUCACAGGGGCUGCUGAGAGCGGUAUAGUUGGUGGCAGGGAGGCAAAGCCCCAUUCCAGACCUUACAUGGCAUCAAUCCAGUAUCAAGCCCAACAUUCAUGUGGUGGGAUACUAAUCCGGGAGGACUUUGUUCUAACGGCAGCACACUGCAAAUAUGACAACAGAGGUCCUUGCACAGUGGUGCUUGGAGCACAUGACAUUAGCAAGAAAGAGAAAAGUCAACAACGCAUCAAAGUGGCCAAGUACUACCGUCAUCCAAAAUUCAACGGGAAAUACGAUUAUGACAUCAUGUUGCUUAAGUUAGAAAAGAAUGCCACACUGAAUAAGUAUGUGAAGACCACCGGACUACCUAAGAAGAAUGGGAAAAUACCUGCCAAUAUUAAAUGUUAUGUGGCUGGCUGGGGUCGGACUGGAAAAAAUAUGCCCGCCUCAAAUGUUCUAAAGGAAGCCACAGAGAAGAUGCAAUUCAGCAAUGAGUGCAAAAGUAUUUGGCAAGCAUAUUUUAAUUCUAAUCAAAUGAUAUGCACCAAGUUUACCAAGAAGGAUGGAGGCGUUUGCCAGGGCGAUUCUGGUGGACCACUUAUUUGCAACAAGAUGUCUCAAGGUUUAACAGCUUUUACUUUGGCAGAUGAUUGUAAUAAUCCAAAAUAUCCUCAUGUCUACACUAAAAUUAAUUUCUUCAUUCCCUGGAUCAAGGAAAAAAUGAAAGAAUAGAGGAAUGUUGCAUAAGCCACUAGUGAGUGGAGAAGUGGGCUUUUUUCAUUUACUGAUUAAACAAUUUGGUUGAAUGGUCUUUGUAUUAAAAAGGAAUUCAAAAGUUGAAAUGUGUAUGUUAAGCAUUUGGAUAAACACACCUGAUUACACACAGAUAUUGUGUAAUAAACUUUAAACUGUACCUUUUCAUUUUCUGAACUUUUCUUUAUUCGCCUUUUCAAUUUUGAUUUCUAACUUUUAGGAACUUUUUAUUUACUUUCAUUACUUAAUGUUUAAGCCAAUGGAGCAUGAGGCUGGGGUCUGAUCACACCAUAGUCCAGUGAAAACCUUUGAAGCUGAACAGUUUUCCUUCUGUGAAACUAGUCUUCAACACAAAAGUUCUAAAAUGUUGCCCUUAAACAUUCUGUUCCUCUGUUUGAUUCUGUUACAUGUAUUGCAUGUUUAAAAGAUCAUUUUUAUUUAGCAAAGGUAAGACAAAAAUAAAGACUAAGAAAAACUAA